AUGUUCUCCAACAGGCUCUUGUUGUUUGGCCUUUUCUAUCUGAGACUGAUAUCAACCUUCUAUGGUAUUAUUUCAGACUGUGAUGAAGUGUUCAACUACUGGGAGCCACUCAACUUCAUGCUUAGAGGGUUUGGAAAACAGACUUGGGAGUAUUCUCCAGAGUAUGCCAUCCGAUCUUGGUCCUAUCUAGUGCCACUUUGGAUAGCAGGCUAUCCACCAUUGUUCCUGGAUAUCCCUUCUUACUACUUUUUCUACUUUUUCAGACUACUGCUGGUUAUUUUUUCAUUGGUUGCAGAAGUCAAGUUGUACCAUAGUUUGAAGAAAAAUGUCAGCAGUAAGAUCAGUUUCUGGUACCUUCUAUUUACAACCGUUGCUCCAGGAAUGUCUCAUAGCACGAUAGCCUUAUUACCAUCCUCUUUUGCUAUGGUUUGUCACACUUUUGCCAUUAGAUACGUCAUUGAUUACCUACAAUUACCAACAUUAAUGCGCACAAUCAGAGAGACUGCUGCCAUCUCACCAGCUCACAAACAACAACUAGCCAACUCUCUCAACAACUCCAGUCAAUAUUUGAUAGUAGCAAAGGCAGUUUUUUGGUACACAGUGGGUGGAUUACUAGGAUGGCCUUUCGCAUUAGCUUUGGCUCUGCCCUUUGCUAUCACCAUUUUUGUUCGAAAAGUUUACUACAAGGAAUUGCAUCAAUUGGCUGUUAUUGGCGCUCUAAGCGUGUUCAUAGUCCUUCUUAUCCUUGCAUAUGUGGUCCAAAUUGACUCAAUAUGUUACAACAAAACAGAAUUAAUUCCUCUUAACAUUGUUCUUUACAACGUCUUGAAUACCGAUGACUCUGUUGGUCCUGAUAUUUUUGGCACUGAGCCAGUCUCAUACUACAUCCUCAAUUUGCUGCUAAACUUCAAUUUCUUAGCAUUGUUGGGAUAUGCAAGUUUGCCCUUGCUGCUAAUAUUUAACUUUCUCCCCGAUUUCAAUUUGAGGAGUUCCAAUGUUAAACUUUUUGGGCAUGAGGGCGGUUCUAAUAAACUUAUAACUUUGUUUGCCCCACUAUACCUUUGGUCUGUCAUAUUUUUUACCCAACCACACAAAGAGGAAAGGUUUCUUUACCCCAUUUAUCCACUUAUCACUUUGGGUGCUGCAUUUGCUACUCAUCAAUUGAUUCGAAUUCCAUCAUUAUUAUCAACUGUAUUUAUUCCAAACAAAAGGGUUCUUCACAAAGCAAUUAAUCUCACGAUUAUCAUCUUGUUUUCAUCAUUUAUUGUUGUUAUCUCCGUCUUAAGAGUUUUUGCUCUUAUUUCGCAUUAUAGUGCUCCGUUAUUUGUCUAUCAACAUCUGGACCAGUUUGCUUCAGAUACUCCAAAAAAUGUAUGUGUUGGUAGAGAAUGGUAUCACUAUCCUUCUUCAUUUUUCCUACCUCCUUCUAUGCGUCUACGCUUUGUUAGGUCAGGCUUUAGUGGGAUGUUACCAGGUGAUUUUGACGAAUCCGUUUCAAGGCUUUCUUCCAUGUCUAAUAUACCAAGAGAACUGUAUAAUAACAAAAAUCUUUUUGAAUCCGACAAGGUCAUCCCCUUUGAGGAGUGUGAUUUUUACGUUGACAUUUCCAAAGCUGUGGAUUCUGAACAAAAAGAAAUAGCAAUAUUGGCCCCAUCCUACUCAGAUCAAGAUCCCGCAGUUUUAUUAGAUGAUUGGUCCUUGGUACACUGUGAUAAGUUCAUAGAUCAGGAUCACAGCAGAGGCCUGGGAAGAAUCCUUUAUCUUCCAAAACGCUUCCACAGAAAAAUGAAGACAAAUCUGAGAUACCAGCAUUACUGUCUAUUGAAAAAGAAAAGUAGUUAA